UCAGGAUGGUGAAUUUUCAAAAUGUGACAGACCGGAGGUGACUUACAUUCUUGUAAACUGGUGGAUCUUGGACUUUGACUAUAGUCUUGGGAGAAACUUGGAACGGAGCUUUGGCUCAAUUUAUAAGGGUCGCGGAACGGGGCACUCUACACCCAAGCAAUUCAUGGGGGACGCAGCCAACGGAAAGAAAUUAUUCACGAAACUCUGCGCCACUUGUCACACGAUGGAUAAAGGUGGAAAGCACAAGAUUGGACCUAACCUUAACGGCAUCUUAGGCCGGUCAAGUGGCAGUGCAGUUGGCUUCGCGUACAGCGAAGCGAUGAAGUCGAAAAGGGUUACUUGGAACGACAAUAAUAUGGACGAGUAUCUAAAAGCGCCAAAGAAAUUCGUACCUGGUACCAAAAUGGUAUUUCCCGGAAUUAAAAAGGCCGAGGAUCGACGAGACGUUAUCGCCUUUCUGAACAGUCAGAAGUAAUCAGGACGCUGAUACAGCAUCUUCGU